AACACAUCUAUAUAAUUAAGUAGCUGAAGUUUGAAGUUCAAGACUAGUCUGCUAUAUAAGAACAGCUGCCACUGUGCCAAACUGUUAAUCCAAUGAAAAAAUUUCAAGUUUCUAGGCAACAAGAAAAGUGUGGACUUAUAAAAUUCGUACCUAUGAAACUGGUCAUGAAGAACUUCCUGUAAACCAAUAUCUCUGGUUGUUCCUGCAUAGAAGACUAAAGGACAAAUAUGAACAUUUCAGUGCCUUCUGAGUAUCUUUUACUAAAAUCCAUGAAAACACGGGAUGACAGCUACAAGUUAUUUAGUAUGGAUGACAUAUGCUUCUGAUUAUGUCUAAAUGGAGCGUGAAACUGAUACACAACGUAGACGACGACUGGCAAGAGAAAGGAAACAACGCUUUCUUGCACGAAAAACACCAGAACAAGCAGCGCAAACACGACAGAGAAAAGCGGAACUAAGAGCUAAGAGACGACGAAACGAAAGUAGAGAAGAGAAAGAAAGACGACGCAUAGUUGAUAGACAAAGAUUUGCUAAUAGAGUAGAAAAUGAAAGUCAAGAAGAAGCUCAAGAAAGACGACAGAGGAAUGCAGAAAGUCAAAGACGAUUACGUGAAAGGCAAAAUGAAGAAGUACGUGAAGAAAGAAGAAGAGCUGUGAGACUAAGAUAUGCUGAGAGAAUAAAGAACGAAAGUGAAGAACAGGCAGAAAUUAGACGACGUUUAGAUAGGGAACGACAUCGCAAUAGAAACAAUAAUAGAAGUAACAUUGAAAAGGAAAAACAAGAAAAUACAAUUUCCAGUGCUAAUGACAUUUGUGAUGACUGUUCGUAAGUCUCGGGUAUAAACCUUCGAUCAAGUUAGAGUAUUUUUGCCUGAUCCAAUGUUUGUACAUGGACAAUUGUAUGUGGCUUUUGCGAGAACGAGAAAUGAAAAUAAUUUAAAAAUACUUGUGAAUGAUAGAGAAUCAAGGAAGAGUGAUGAAUGAUGAUCGAAUUUUUACUUAAAAUGUGCCGAUUAAAGAAUUACUUCGAGACUGAUGAAAUAAGCGAAGAGUGGGGUGCAUUUUGAAGGUGCAGACAAAUUCGUAUUAGUUAAAUUGUAUAAUUUUCGUUAAACAUACAACAGUGGAAAGAAUUUUAUAAUUGUAUGAACUUACUUGCAGCUAGCGUUUAUUUAAACUAAAGGUUAAAACCUUAGUUCUUGUAUUUAACAAAUUGUUAUACUUGUGCCAAGUUUCGGACUGCUUGAAAAACUUUUAAGAGAUUCUGUUUCUACACGCAAAUGUAAGCUAUAUUCCUGAUUUCGGAAAGCACAUUCCUCGGCUGAUCACUAUAAUAUGGAAAUAUCUAAACAUCUUUGUUAUUUUAAUGUAGUGUUUUUGAAAAUAACACUCAUCUGUCUAAAAACACUUUAUUAAAUAGAAAACAAGGCUGAGAAUAUUUAGGUUUGAGAAAAUUCUCUCAAAAACGUAUCUGAUGAAGUCCACUUUUCUAAGUUCUAAUAAAACAACCUUUUUAAAAUUAAUUGAGACAGCCAUGACAAUGCCCACUUAUAAUUCAAUCAAAGUUAAAAGAACCCCAUGUUGAGCUAUAAAAAAACAAGUCUAGAAAUGGUUUUUGCUAUGUAGAUAGCUUUGUAUAUAGCAUAUCUUUAUUCAUUUAUUUAUUCUAAUGUUAUUAUUAGUACUGUAACAUUUGUGAAAUGUCUGUUCUUAACGAAAUGAUGGAUGUGUUUCUUGUCCAGUUUUGAGUAUAUAUAGUUAUUGUACAAGUAAUUCUUUUUCUGUAAUAACAAAAUAUAUAAUAGAAUAUAUUCUUCAAUGUAGCUAAGUUUUGCUUCCUAUUUCACUUUCAUUAGUUUCUGUAUAUUUAAUAAAUCUGUGAAACAUUACUCAUUUACUGUAAUUUUCCACAAAUACAUUAUGUAUUUCAACAUUUUGAAAUGUAUAUAAUUUCUGUUUUCCAUUUUACAGAAGUAUCCCCACAUUGAAAAGCUAACUUACUAUAACAUGAUGAGAACACUCUGUCAUUACUGAUGCAUAUAUUAUUCUAAAAUGUUUUCAAGUAAAAACCAGUUUUAAAACAAUGGUCUAAAUUUUUACUAAAAUGAUGUUUACUCUUAACAUAAUACAGAAAGUCCAAACUAAGUAAAAGAAUUGUACUAAACCUAUCUAGAAGUACAGAGGUGUUUUUUUUAUCAAUAUUACUAGCACUAGUAUAUAAAUAGUGUAGCACAACAUAAGAUUAAUUUUCUGAGUUGAAACAUGCUUUACAUUAUUUCAAGUUUUAAACUGAGAAAUUAAGUUCAUGAACAGACUUUUGAUAUAAAAAUAUAUUUGACGGUCCACUGCAAAUGGACUUCAAGUAAUGUGAAUAUCUGUAACUACUUGGUGAAGAAACAAGUGUAUGACUGUUAUUAUAAGCAAAUAAAAUUUCUAAAUUCA